AUGGUCUUGGACAAAGGUUUCCAUGGGCAUAUGGUGGAAGGCACACAAGGCGCCGUUGCGGUUGAAGCGCAGGAGUGUUCGGAUGUUGGUGUAGACAUUUUGAAGCAAGGCGGCAAUGCUGUCGACGCCGCCAUUGCGUCUGCCCUAUGCAUCGGUGUCAUUAACAGUUUUGCUACAGGUGGCUUCAUGCUCAUUCGAGCGCCCAAUGGCACAUUUGAGUUUAUUGAUUUUCGUGAAACCGCCCCUGCUGCAUCCCAUAAGGAUAUGUUUGUCGACGAUCCUUCCCUUGCCAAAUAUGGUGGCAUGUCCGUCGGAGUUCCUGGAGAAAUUCGUGGAUUUGAGCUAGCUCACCAACGUCACGGAAAAUUGCCUUGGGAAACCUUGUUCCAACCAGCCAUUCGCAUGGCUCGUGAAGGUUUCCGAACCACCCGCUACUUGAACGAAAAAUUACAGAGCAGUCUUCCUUGGAUCGAAGAUGAAUGGGAAUGGGCCGAGAUUUUUGCUCCCAAAGGAAGCAUUGCCGAGAUUGAUGACAUUAUUAAACGGCCCAAUCUGGCCCAAACAUUGGAAACCAUCGCCAAGCAAGGAGCAGAUGCAUUUUACGAGGGUCCUAUUGCGCAGGCGAUUGUGAAUGCGACGCGACAAGCAGGGGGAAUUUUAACGGAAGACGAUAUGCGUAAUUACAAGGCCCUGAUAAGAGAACCGGUCAGCACGUUUUAUCAUGGUCGUAAAGUAAUUACAGGGCCUGCACCGACGAGCGGGCCGGUGUUACUGAGCAUGCUUAAUGUGAUUGAACGUUACAAUCUGGCAUCCAAAGGUCCGACUCCCGUGAAUUUGCAUCGUAUCAUUGAGACCAUGAAAUUCGGCGCGGCCUUCCGCACCGAACUGGGCGAUCCCCAAUGGACCCACAAUCAGGACCGACUCGACGAAAUCAUUUCCAAAGAUUGGGCCGCACGAGUGCGCACAAAUUUGACAGAUGAUACCACGCAUGAUCCAUUAUAUUAUCAACCAAAGUACGAUCAUUUGGAAUCGCCCGGUACGAUGCAUUUGUCGGUGGUUGAUCGCGACGACGGGGCUGUCGCGUUAACGUCGACGGUGAAUCUGUUGUUUGGUUCCCGUGUGAUGGAUCCUGUUACGGGAGUGGUGCUGAAUGACGAAAUGGACGAUUUCUCGAUCCCCAGUGUUCCCAAUGCGUUUGGAUUGUACCCUAGCUAUCAUAAUUAUGCAGCGCCUGGCAAACGACCCCUCUCGAGCACCACCCCGACCAUCAUUGAAUUGGACAAUCGAUUUGAAAUGGCGCUGGGCGGAUCGGGAGGAUCCCAAAUUGUCACCGCAUCCCUCGAUGUAAAAAUGACUAUGGGAAAGGUGAUGGAAUAA